CCAGCAGAGCUCUCCCUGACACCCCCAGGUCAAACCGCUACUCACGCGCUCACCCUCUCCCACCCUGCCCGCUUCAGUCUUCUGCGCAGCACCUUCACCAUCUGAGCCUGAUUGAUUAUUGCUUAUUGAUUACUGCUCCCCUCCCCCGCCCCUAACAGACCCGACCCCUGGGAGCAGGGACGUUGUCCGUUCUGGGGGUUGCUGUGCACCCGGCGCCGGACACAUCAGACGCUCAGCAAGGGGCUGCUGCGCGCCUCGGAAGCCGCACCUGCGGAACGAGGGAAGGGGCGCAGCGGGGGCAGCUCGCUGGCGGCCACGGGGCGGGGGCAGCAGGCGUGCGGGGUCGCGCUCCCGCAGCCCCCAUCCGCGGGGCGGGCCCUCGCGGUCUGUCUCGCGCCCCAGCCCAGCGCAGCGGCGGGGUUGGUGGCCCGGAGUCAGCUCAGGGGGUGGGGCGAGGCGCGCGGCCAAUCGCGGGGCGCAGGGGGUGCCGGCCGCGCAGGGCCCGCCGCCGAUUGGUCGUCUGUCGCCCCACGUCAUUCUGGGGCGGGGCCUCGGGGCGGCCCCUCUAGGCGGCGGGGUUGGCCGCGGGCCUGGAGUCGGAGACCCGGUGGCUGCGGCGUCGCACGCACAGGACUUUGUUCAGUGGGUUGAGAAGGAUCAGGUGGGCCUUUGGAAUCCAAGGAGACUAGAGAUUGUAGAGUGGCCCAUCCAAGAAGAAACACUUCCAUUCGGCUGUGAAACGCUGGGACAGAACACUGGAGGGCCCGAUGGCUACAAAAUCCCUACAUGAUGCCCCCAAAACCAGGAGUCCGGGCAGCAUCGCCCACAGCAGGGCCGCGACUCAAGGGCAGUGGGGCCGUGCCUGGGAGGCGGACCGGUUCUCGCUGGCGAGCAUCGUCUGUCUGCUGCUCUUUGCUCCCUUCCUCGUGUACUACUUCGUCAUGGCGUGUGACCAGUACAGCUGCUCUCUGACGGCCCCCGUGCUGGACGUCGCCACCGGGCACGCUCGGCUCUCGGACAUCUGGGCCAGGACGCCGUCCGUGACGAAGGAAGCAGCCCAGCUCUACAUCCUGUGGGUCACGUUCCAGGUGCUUUUGUAUGUGGCCCUUCCUGACUUCUGCCACAAGUUCCUGCCGGGCUACGUGGGAGGCGUCCAGGAGGGCGCCGUGACCCCCGCAGGCGUGGUCAACAAGUACGAGAUCAACGGCCUGCAGGCCUGGCUCAUCACGCACCUUGUCUGGCUCGCGAACUCGCACUUCCUGUCCUGGUUCUCUCCGACCAUCAUCUUCGACAACUGGAUACCGCUGCUGUGGUGCGCCAACGGCCUCGGCUACGCCGUGUCCACCUUCGCCAUGAUCAAGGGCUACUUCUUCCCCACCUGUGCCGAAGACUGCAAAUUCACAGGCAAUUUCUUUUACAACUACAUGAUGGGCGUUGAGUUCAACCCCCGAAUUGGGAAGUGGUUCGACUUUAAGCUGUUCUUCAACGGACGCCCUGGGAUCGUGGCCUGGACCCUCAUCAACCUGUCGUUCGCGGCCAAGCAACGGGAGCUGCAUGGCCAGGUGACCAACGCCAUGGUCCUGGUCAACGUCCUGCAGGCCAUCUACGUGCUGGACUUCUUCUGGAACGAAGCCUGGUACCUGAAGACCAUCGACAUCUGCCACGACCACUUCGGGUGGUACCUGGGCUGGGGGGACUGCGUGUGGCUGCCUUACCUGUACACCCUGCAGGGCCUGUACCUGGUCUACCACCCAGUGCAGCUGUCCACCCCCUACGCCGCGGGUGUCCUGCUGCUCGGCCUGCUCGGCUACUACAUCUUCCGGAUGGCCAACCAUCAGAAGGACCUGUUCCGCCGCACGGACGGCCGCUGCCUGAUCUGGGGCAGGAAGCCCAAGGUCAUCGAGUGCGUGUACACGUCGGCCGACGGGCAGAAGCACCACAGCAAGCUGCUGGUGUCGGGCUUCUGGGGCGUGGCCCGCCACCUCAACUACACGGGUGACCUGAUGGGCAGCCUGGCGUACUGCCUGGCCUGCGGCGGCGGCCACCUGCUGCCCUACUUCUACGUCGUCUACAUGGCCGUCCUGCUGACGCACCGCUGCCUCCGGGACGAGCACCGCUGCGCCAACAAGUAUGGCCGCGACUGGGAGCGCUACACCGCCGCCGUGCCCCACCGCCUGCUGCCCGGGGUCUUCUGAGCCCCGGCCCCCGGGAGAAGCCCCAGGGGGCGUGAAGAGCCUGCCAGCCGGCUCUGCUGGGGCCCCCGGGGGCCUCCGGGCCCUCGUCGGAAGUGGCGAGAGCCUCGUGCUCGGCGUGUCCUCCUGUCGCCCCAGGGGCGGCCCGAGGCUCGAUGCCGACAGCCUGUGAUGACCGCGUCUCUCCUGUGUUCGGGGCCCGAGCGGCCGCACUGCCCAGACGCACCGGUGUCCGUCACGGCACAGACCUCUCCCGCUCGCUGCCACUUAUCCUCACAACGCGAGGGCGGACGUGGAUGCGAGCGGAGCCGCCGGUAGCCGUUUCUUGACUUCCGGCUGCAGACGCGCUCUUCCUCUUUCUGACCUGCCCUGCCACGGCGGGCCGGACCCCGCAGACGUCUCUCCUGGGCUGCGAGCCUGCUGUUAAGCUUGAAGGACUCUGCACGGAAGAGGGGGCCCUCUUUCCAGUUUCAGUGACGCUGCAUUCCCUGCUGCCCGUGGCUGCGGGGCUGCCGUGAGGAGACAGCCCCGACCGUGGCUCCCGGGGUCCGACCCUGUGAGAUCCAGCCGCCGGCCGGCCUGGGCCUGCCCACCCUCUGCAAGGGUUUCCUCCUGCUCGCUGGUGACCACCCACCUUGACUCUGGCGGUCCAGCACACUUGUGCGCCCUCCGGGGGUCAUCUCCAACAAGGUCUAAAUCCCAGCCUGGGGGAGGAGAUGCCUCUCAACUGAAUUUGUUUACACUGGGCAUUUGUGCUCCACCCUAGGAUUUUCUUGAAAGCUCUCUUUAAACAUCACUGCCUUAGUAGAUUUGAUCAUUCUUUAUACUAAACCUUCCCUGUUUAAA